CGAGGCUGUUCGUUAAGGGAAACGAAGAGGAUUGGUUCGCGGCAGCAAUUGUGGUUAGGAGGGCUACUCCCUCCUCCCUGCGCGCGCGACGCCCACUGGUGCCGGUCGGGGCUUACCUCAGCGAGCGUCACGCGCUCCCUCCCUUCUUCCUCUUUCGCUCUCUUCUUCUCAUUCGUUGUUUCUCGCUCGCUCGCGCUGCCUCAAGUGUGUUAGUGCGGCGGGCAGGACCAUGGCGGAUGGCAACAGGGCUGCAUUAAUAAGUGAAACCAGACGACGUUUUGAGUCAGAAUAUGUAUCAGCAAAGACAGAUAAAUACGAUUCCAGAGAUUUAGAGAGACUACAGCAAGAUGACACCUGGGUGGAUAAUUUCCUAAUUUGGCGACACGAUGUUAUGGAUGAUACACUGAAGAUGAUUGAUGAAAGUUUUCAGUGGAGGAAGGAAUAUGCUGUUCAUGACUUGACUGAAUCUUCUCUUCCCAAGUGGGUAUUUGAAACAGGUGUCCUUUAUCUACAUGGCUAUGAUAAAGAAGGCUAUAAACUGUUUUGGUUCAGGGUGAAACUUCAUACGAAAGAUCAUAAAACUCAAUUUGAAAGAAAGAAACUAGCAGCCUUUUGGUUAGAACGCUAUGCGAAAAGGGAAAAUGGGAAGCCUUUGACAGUGGUGUUUGACAUGGCUGAAACUGGACUGAGUAACAUCGACCUGGACUUCGUUCGAUAUAUCAUUAGCUGUUUUAAAGUGUAUUAUCCCAAUUACCUCACAAAAAUUGUGAUCUUUGAACUACCCUGGAUAAUGAAUGCUGCUUUUAAACUUGUGAAAAGUUGGCUGGGCCCAGAAGCAGUAACUCUGUUGAAGCUAACCAAUAAGAAUGAAAUCCAGCAGUAUAUCAGUGCUGAGUAUCUGCCACCUUAUAUGGGUGGUACUGAUACCUUCAAGUACAGCUAUCCUCCAUUAGUUGAUGAUGAUUUUCAAACUCCACUAUGUGAAAAUGGACCCAUUACUUGUGAAGAUGAAACUGAAAGCAAAGAAGAAAUAGAUACAGAUAACAAAGAGAGUCCAGAUCCUAAUGAAGAGCAACCAACUAAUUCAAAAAAGGCCAGUUCUGCAGAACAAACUCUUAAAUCGGAAGAGUGUGACAAACUAGAUUCCAAAACAAAAAAUGCAAAAAAAGCACUUACAACCUUUAAAGGACCUUUAUUGCAUAUCAGCCCAGCAGAAGAACUACAUUUUGGUUCCAAGGAAACUGGAGAGAAGAAAUGCUUGAUAGUUCUGACAAAUGUGACUAAAAACACAGUGGCAUUUAAGGUGAGAACAACUGCUCCUGACAAAUACAGAGUGAAGCCAAGUAACAGCAGCUGUGAACCAGGCACAUCGCUAGAUAUAGUAGUGUCUCUUCAUGGUGGUUGUACAGUCUCCCUGCAAGACCGUUUUCUGAUUAUGGCAGCAGAAAUGGACCAGUGCUCUGCUGUAGGGACACAAGAAUUGACUCAGUUUUGGAAAGAAGUCCCCAGAAGCAAAGUGUUGGAGCAUAGGUUAAGAUGUCAUGUAAUUGAAAGCAGCAAGCCUUCUACUUUAACAUUAAAUGAAAAUGCCUUUAGCGUUCCUGCAAAAAGCAAUGAAGAUUUACACUUACAGCUAACACAGCUUUUGCAAGCUAACAGAAGACUUCAAGAAAAGAUAGACCGCUGUGUCUGGUUCCAGCAAUUGACUCUUUUGUUAGUAUUUCUAUUAGUUGCCAUUAGUACUUUUUGUUUCUACCUGUUGUAUAGUCCAAGCAACUAAAGAGUAAUGCCUAUAAAAUCUGCCCUGUGGAUAUAAUUCAGUUGGGAAAAGGCAAAGAACCAGUAACAUUCUGCAGAGUGAUGUGAACUGCCAAAAUGAGACUGUGUUGUUCGUCAAAACCUAAAAAUUAUAGGGCUAAGAGUUAUGCCUUCAAUCAGCAUGUACAGUGACUUUGUUAAUAUUUAUUACUAUAUAAGAAGAAACACAGAAUAUUAAAGAAGUCAUAUUCACUGGAUAAUGUAAUAACUGUUACAGAGCUAAAGAUGCUUAUAACUUUCUUUGUUUCUGUCACACAGAAGGAUACAAGUUGUAUAAAAAUAAUAUAUUUUGUACAUAAAAUGUAACAUUUCCUUUGAAAUGUAAGUGUAAAAUAAGUAAUAGACUUUCCUAUAUUGUUUAUACAUAAAUUGUGUGUACACAGUAUCUGAUCAUGCAGUUUGAAAUGGAAAAGCUGCAUCCUAAUAGCAGUGGUCUCUUUUGUUCAUGUUUUCCAGAAGUAUUACAGCUAUUUUAUACCAAACUGUUUUCAUCUAAUAUGUAUCUUGUAACUCUAUUUCCCUGAAAUUCCUGCUAUAGUUCCAAAGAUUCAGGAGCUUCUUUUUACUAUACUGUGUCAUAGUUUGUUACAUGAGAGAAGGCACUGUACAUCAUGAUAAAAAGAAAAGAACUAUAGUUUUUCAGGAACUCAACCCCCUGUUCUUCAUUGGGACAUGGUCUACAAAAUUGAAGUAGCUAGAUAGAAUUGAACCACAGUAUUCCAUUAGGUUCUGUUGUUUUUGUGUUCUGUGGUGUUACGGAAGUUAUUUUCCUGUAUUUUAGCACAAAACGUGCAACACCAACAACCAUGGUGUGUAGGAGUUCAGAGUUAUUGCUGUAAUCAUAUCUCCCCUCCCCUGAAAUACAUGCUGUAAAUCAUGUGAGAUUUUGAAGAAACAAAUUAGGAAAUCGCAAGCAUAGGAAAGGAAUUUGAAUAGAAUCAUAGUAACUACUACUUUGAAGUAUGUUACAGCUAGCAACAUAGAAGGACAAUACAAAGUUGUCUCGGUUAAAUAGUGUCAGUACUUAAAUGUUCUCAAUUUAAAAACAAAAUACUCCCAACACUGACUCUUUUUUUUUAAUUUGUCAAAGUGAGAAAAUACAUAAUGCAGUAAUCUCCAAGGUCAGUUUUGAGUGCUUCUUUAAUUGUGGAGUAACAGUAGAAAACUCUGAACAGUUAUGGUUAAACAAUGGGCUAUUCACUAGUAUAGCAUGUUUAGAGACAUACAUAUUUGUUUUGUGUAUGAGAAGGUGAAAUUUUGAAUAUUCAGAGGCAUUUACAAUGCACUCUUCAAGGUUAUAGCAGAAUCCCUAAGUACCCAAAGUGCACCCGGUGCAGUGACUUUUGUAGACACUCAUUCAUGACUUCAGUAGACCUAAGCACUCAGAACGGAGCACAAAACCUACCAUUCCAAAGUUCUACAUUUAUCAUGGAUCCUUAGUUUGACAGUUCUGUUAAAUUUUCUGGUUUUGUAAAAGUUGAUUAGUAAUGUUUGUGAGUUUGGCUGCACUUACCCCAGAGUUAUUUAAAACUAUUGAUUUAAAGAAUUAAUUAAUUAAGCACAUUUAUCUCUUUUGGACUGUAGCCUUAAUAUAUAGCAGUAUUUGUUUUGCUUUUCUGGCACUAGGGUUCAAAUUAGACACAAUAGUAACAGGAACUGCUUUUAAAGCAUGCAAGUCUGUUACCUUUCUGUCUUGUUUUAUUCCUAACCCCCAAACAACAAUAAUAAUCUAUUCUGUAUUGAAGAGAGAGGUACCUGUGGCCUGCCAGACAUUUGUGGACUGUAGUUUGCUAUAGUAGUCCGCUGUAGUCAGUCCAAAAAUACCAGCAGGGGCCAUGGUUUCCAACUCAAGCUGCAUUGGCUUGUGAGUUACAGUUGAUUUCAAUUUUAUCAGUUGUUCUGAGUAUCAUUCAUCUUUUCUAUUUAAAAAACAUUGCAGACAAGCCAAAACUCUUUUGAAUAACUUGUUUCUCAUAUCAGAUUUUAGAAGUCUGGCUUUCGAUAAUGUUACCACUGAAAAAUUCUAGUUCCUUGGCCAAGUCAUCUGUAAUACAAAAUCAUAUCGAAUAAUUCUAAUCUCAGAAUCUUCAUCACUAUAUUGGAUUGGAUUUAAUUGCACUUUACUAGGCGUGUUCCAUAUAUGUUAAUAAAAUCUAUGCCAAUAAAUACUCUUAAUGUUCUGGUGCUUAAAUAUUUUCAGUAUUUUAUUAUUGUAUUCAUAUUUUCUAUGUAAAAUUAAUCAGAUAAUGUUUUCUAUUUUAAUAUGUUGAAUAUAGAUAUAUAACUGCAUUUAUGAAAUAAAUAAAAAUAACCUGAAA